AUGGAAAACUGGGAUAUAAAAGAAAUCUAUAGAGAAUUUCGUCAUCUCUAUGAAACUGCACAACCAAAAGUAGAUGAGCCAUGGUAUGCAAUUGAUGGCAAAUGGAUUGCGAAAUUUAAUUUAGCAGCAAAACGAAAUAAAAACGAUUUCAAGCAACCCAUAUCAAAUACACGUUUAUUAAAGAGCAAAUAUAUCCAUAGAAAUUUACUCAUGCCUUCAGAUUUUAUGGUAAUUCCUGAAUCAGCUUGGAAGUAUUUAGAUUCCAAGUUUACUGCUGGUCCAGAAUACAAAAUACCAGUCUUUUUAAAUCCUAAAACGCAAAUUGCGGAGCUUCUUGUCUAUUUACCUCAAAUAUCAGUUACAUAUAAAGGAGAAACAAAGGUUUUACACUUUAAUUACUAUCUCACAUAUUAUGAUUUGCUCAAAGAAGCAUGCUCGCAGUUUAAUUUACCAAUAAACGAUUGCGAAUUACUUAAAGAAGAUGUAAAGUCUGGUUCUGGCCAAGUUACAUUAAAUAACAUCAUUGCAGUUGACGACAAAUCAAUAUCUCAAUCAUAUCACAUAAAUUACAAAGGAAAAGAUCAACCUUCAGCUCUUGAAAAUAAUAAAUUUAAGUUUUCGAAACUUUUUUCACGAAUUCCCUCAAAUCGUCAAGGCCUUGUUGGUUUUGUCAACAGAGCUAAUAUCUGUUUCUUCAAUUCCAUCAUGCAAUGCUUAGUUCAUACAACUCCUUUAGUUUCUUACGUUUUAAGUGAAAAUUUCAAGAAAGAUUUGAACGGAAAACCAGAUAAAGUCAAAGAAGCCGAUCUAUUCCGCGAUUACAUGAACCAAAUAUGGUCUUCUCGUUCAUCAAAAAUGGAUUUAUAUGAUCUUAGCCUUAAAUUCCAAAUUUCGACCAUAGAAUUCCGCCAAGAAGAUUCCCAUGAGCUUCUUCAGAAGGUAUUCGAAGACCUGAUCGAAGCAACAAACACAGGAACAAGAAAAACAAUCGCAAUUUCUGAAUCAUCCGACCAAUCAUCGGAAAAGUCAACAGCUGACAAGUUUAUUAAUGAAUUCCGUAUAGCAAACAAGACACCAAUCGCAGAUAUGGUCUAUCAUUUCACUAAGAAUGAAUAUAUCUGUUCAAAUUGUCAUAAAAGUGACAUCAAAUUUGAAAACGGUUGGGUUUUAUUUGCACCUAUUCCUGAAUCGACAAUCAACCUUACCAUUGUACCAGCAGGCACCUUUUCUACUCCUAUAAAGAUAUCAGUACCUGUUCCUCAGAAUCCUUCUUAUAAUUCUUACGUUUUCAGUGUCAAAACCGUUGUUCAAACCUCCUAUAAAUUGGUUUUUUCAUUGAAUGGAAAAUUCGUCAUUCCCACGAAAAACGCCAAUUAUAUUGUUUACGAGAUCCCCGACACAGAAGAUGCUUUAACAUUGUUGAACAUCGAAGUUGCAGAUGGCCACCAAUUUGUUCCAAUGGUUUCGAGAACUAGUUUUAAUUAUGACAUGCUUUUGGCCAAAUUGUGGUCGGACAAACCACAACCUCCUAACAAAGAAAUCGAAGAAAACAUGACAUUCAAUCCAAAGAGGUUGUUUGAUUCAAAGAGAUAUGAACUGAUCAUACCGAAUGAUUAUACUUUGAAUCAGGAUUAUUAUCAGAUGGGAUUGAAACUCACAAAUGAACCUAUUGUUGCAAUUUUGAAUCAAACAGAAAUUUACGGUGAGAAAGGUUUCACGUGGAAUAAACUCACAGAGAUAACUGAUGCAGGAAACGUAUACAAGGAUUUGUCUGUCGAUGAUUGCUUGAAAGAAAUGUUGUCUGAUACAGUUGUUGAAGACAAAAAAUGUCCGUUUUGUGGCAACAAAUGUAAAGCAACACUUCGAUCUUCUCUUUACAAGACACCGGAGAUUCUCAUCAUUGUCUUGAAGAGAUUCUCAAGUGUAUCUGGUAUUCUCACUAAGAUUGACAAUAAAGUCGAUGUUCCUUUGGAAUUAACAAUUGGUGGACAGGAAUGGUGCAAAGACAUGGAACAAGAGAAAUAUAAUUUGUACGCUGUUUCUAAUCAUUUGUCUAGUGUUGCAACAUUUGGUCACUACACGGCUGUUGUUAAACACAGCCAAACUGGCCAAUGGUACAUCGCUAACGAUGAGAAUAUUUCUGUUUACGAUUCAAUCAAUGAGAAUAUGAUCAACAAAUCCUAUGUUCUGUUUUAUCAAAAAUCAAAAUAA